CGCUGGUCCCUCCCCCGGCGCGGGCACGUCGGCGCGCGGGGUGGGUGUGACGCAGUUGCCCAUGGUAACCGCGGGCCGCGCCGAGGAUGGGUUUACUGUCAAUCCUGCGCAAACUAAAAAGCACCCCAGACCAGGAGGUGAGAAUCCUCCUCUUGGGACUGGAUAAUGCAGGCAAGACCACGCUCCUGAAACAGCUGGCAUCAGAGGACAUCAGCCACAUCACCCCAACACAGGGCUUCAACAUCAAAAGUGUACAGUCUCAAGGCUUCAAACUGAACGUAUGGGACAUAGGCGGACAGAGGAAGAUCAGACCAUACUGGAGGAACUAUUUUGAAAACACUGAUAUCCUUAUCUAUGUCAUUGACAGUGCAGAUAGGAAGAGGUUUGAAGAAACAGGUCAGGAGCUGGCUGAGCUUUUGGAUGAAGAAAAGCUUAGCGGAGUCCCCGUGCUCAUAUUCGCUAACAAGCAGGAUUUGCUGACGGCUGCCCCUGCAUCGGAGAUUGCCGAGGGACUGAACCUGCACACAAUCCGGGACAGAGUCUGGCAGAUCCAGUCUUGUUCAGCUCUUUCGGGAGAGGGAGUACAGGCAGAUUUGUGGGCUCCCUGGAGUGGGCUGCACACUUCUCCACUGGCAGCACCUUCUUACUGUGCCUCCUCCCUGAAGCACAGCACAACCCUAAUCAUCCAGUAAUGCAAAAUACUCAGCCCAAUAUCCUCUGCCAGGGAAAUGAAAUCUGCUUCUGCAUUCACUUCCAGAAAACAGAAGACCAGAACUAAAUAAAAGUAUUUGCAGGCCUAUGUAUUUUGUUCAUCGUGCUUAUCUAGUCAAAUUAGUUUAGAUGCAGGCCAGAUAACAUCCCGCUUUGUUGUAGUUGGUCUCAUUGCCCUAAAUACUGCAGCUUAUUCCAUAAAUGAUUAUUGCAGAAAAGUCAGGAAGGUUGCAAACUCUCUAUAGCUUAUAGAAGAAGAGCCCCUACAUUUCUCUUCACCCAUAACUUCAGCUCUGUCAAAUCAGACAGCAAGAAUGUAAAGCACUCCCUUUCCUUGCAAAUGGAACAAAAUGUUUGGGGAGAUGGCUUUUAAACUAAACCCAGAUCAGCCUAGGAAAAAAUG